CACGACGGAGAGGUGGGAUUGCAGCAUUUCGACGAUCAACAUGGCGGCAAUGUCCAAGGCUGAGUAUCUGCAGCGCUACAUGACCGGUGGAGAUGAGAAGGAGAAGGAGAAAAAGAAAAAGAAAAGGAGUAAAACUGUUCCAAGCGGCGGGAAAGGCAUGAAGAUAGUGGAUGAUGAUGUAGACUGGAAGCGCUUUGUACCCGUCGAGAUGGAUGGAAAGGUUGAAGAAGAGGAGGAGGCGCCUGUGGUAGCUGAAGUUGUAGAUGAGAGGCCAAAAGCAGUGAGGCUAUUAGAAGAGUUCAGGAACAGCAUGCGGUGGAAACUGCUAAGUGAUCAAAUGGAAGACUCCAGAAAUGCUGAUGAAAGCCAAGACUCGAGCUCAGGAGUCAGUAUACCGAAGAGGAUGCAAGGUGGUCCUAGAGUUCAACAUCGGUCACCUGACGUUUCAGUUUCUAAUAGAAGCCGCCAUGAUUCCCCAGGCCUGUCGCCUCCGAGGAAAGGCCGUCACGACUCCCCGGACCUGUCGCCUCCGAGGAAAGGCCGCCACGACUCCCCGGACCUGUCCCCCAGGAAGCGCCGUCAAGACUCCCCGGACCUGUCGCCCCCCAGGAAGCGCCGUCAAGACUCCCCGGACCUGUCGCCCCCCAGGAAGCGCCGUCAAGACUCCCCGGACCUGUCACCCCCCAGGAAGCACCGCCAACACUCUCCGGACCAGUCACCUCCGAGGAGUAAAAGUGAAAAGCAAUCUGCAUACAAGGUCAGAAGGCCCACUUCACCACAACGGUUACAAGAAGCCAAUUCUAGUACUGUUACAAAGAACAAACCAACUGAACAUUCACCCAUUAGACGGAAGUCUCGCUGGUCAUCAGAAGUGGUCUCUGCGGACUCUUCAGCCCCUCAGGAGCAGAACAGUCGUGCAGCAGGGCUGCUGUCGUCGGAGGUUCGCCAGAAGGAGAAAGAGGAGAACCGAAGAAGAGAGCGGGCUGACAAAGUCCUGGAAGCGGAGUCCCAACAGGCAGAGACUGUGGUAAGGGACAAGUCGGGCAAGAAGAAAGUCAUUGACCAAGAGCAGGAGGAGGAUAAGGAGAAGGCAGAGAAAGCUGAGAAAUACGCCCAGUGGGGGAAAGGGUUGGCACAGGGCAGAAUGCAACAGUACAACAUGGAGGAGGCCUUGAAGGAGUCCCAGAAGCCUCUGGCACGCCAUAUCGACGAUGAGGACCUCGACAAGAUGUUGCGGGAGCAGGAAAGGGAAGGAGAUCCUAUGGCUGGCUUGCUACGCAAAAAGAAAGAGAAAGAAAACCAGAAGAUGGGAAUAAAAGAGCGGCCAAAGUACAAGGGUCCGGCCCCUCCGCCUAACAGAUACAACAUUCAGCCAGGCUACCGCUGGGAUGGAGUGGACAGGUCCAAUGGCUUUGAAAAACGGCUCUACAGCCGCAUGGCAGACAAGAAGGCGACCCAGGAGAUUGCGUACAAGUGGAGUGUGGAGAACAUGUAGUGGCAAGUGGCUCCCGUUCCAAGGGAAUACGGGUUCAGGACUCGGAGCUGAAACAGUGGACAUGUAGACAUUUUUUUAUGUCAAGAUUACUAUAUAUUUUUGUUUUUUAAAGCAGUUGUUCAUAUUUAAAGGUCGUGUUUGUCGGUAAGAAGCACAGUUAGUACGCACAGAACGAGGGUGGGCUCCUACUCAUGCUGGUACGUUUUCUUUCAACUGCUGCUUCUGCUUCAUGAAUAUCUGGAGCUGACAGGGUGGUAGAGAAAUGGGCCUAAGGAAAGGGGAGAAAGAGAGUAAGUUGGUCAGGUGCCCCUUACGCUCGGUGGCAUGAUAGGUUGCCAUCCUCAUCCUGGGCUCACCUGUAUGUCUCCUUGUGGACAGUGGUGAAGUCAUGCUCCCCUUGAGCCUCCACUGGCUUGUCCUGUGGUUUGCAGCUGGGCACCAUCUCGCCAUGCUUCUGGUAGAAUUGGCACCGAUUGGUAGUCUGGCGCUCAAAGCUGCCCUGUAUUUAAAAUGUCGGCAGCUAUUUAAAUACACAAAGUGCCAAGAUACUGGAGUGGCGCUUUCACACCCUGAUAUCUCCCCACUCACCAGUGGCCGCACGUAGGUUCCAUCAUAUAGGUCUCCAUGUCUUACGUGGGGCUGGACCCCCCAAUUCGGGUAGAAGAUCUUGUUGGCAGUAGUGUCGUCAAACUUGCCAUUUGCUACUCGGAGAGCCGUCCGGGGUCGGUUGAUAGACUCUGUGAGAGCCACUGGCAUGGACUGAAAAGCAAGCUGUAGAGAGCAAAGUUCAUUAAUAAUUAGAAAAGAGGCAAGUAAGGGGAGAAAGUCGGAGGGCCUACCUUGGUGACGGUGUCUCCAUCAAAAUGGCCUCCCCGUUCCCACUCGGAAAGCUCCUCCUUCAGCCGUGCUGGUGCGGGCCGCUUAUGCUUACGCGUAUCCCAGCCUCUGAAAACCUCUCUCUGCUCCGUCCUAAAGUCACCACUGCAGGGAUAGAGGAUAAAGGAUCGUGAGCCGAGACCACCAGUGAGAGGAUGUUGCUUUGUGCAACACACAUAGGCAAUUCCCUGAGAUGUCAGGUGACGAGGGCACCGUCAGAAGUGCAACCCUUUUGGCAGGCACUCUCCUGAAUUUGCCUUUCUGUUUGAUACUCGGCAUAACUUAGCAGCCCCUCUCAACCGAGAUGGCACAAGAAGGUCUUUGCUUUGAAACAAAAAGCACACCUCCGCCACUCCAUGAGCCACACUUGUUAAAAGCAGGACAGGCACUGAGAAGCGUUCACUUACUGGAAGCUGUGGUUGAUUGCCAGGUUAUCCGCUGGUGGGUAGGCUGGCCUGCUCUUCUCAGGGAGGUACUCCUGAAUGGGGUAGUCGGCGCGAUACUUGGUGACAGUCUCCAUGUGCCCCCCUCUUAUCAGAGGCUCAUUCUCCGAUGGCUUUGGUCUGCCUAUCACCCUGGCCUUCUCCAGGGGAAGAGGCUUAAAGGUGAUCUGGUGUAUGGUCUUCAUGUCCUGGUCCCCUGAGCAAGAGUGGACUCGGUGAGCGGCGAUGCAUCUUUCUCAUUGUAAAUAUUUAUACAGCCAAUAAAAACAUUCCACAUUUUCCUCACGUGGUCCGUUUUUGCCGACAGGGAAGUGCAGGGAGAGGAAAUGAGAAGGUGAAGAUGGGAGUCUGUGAUCAGCCCGGUGAGUGGAAGUGUAGUCUGCCUGUGCUUCAUACACAGGGCUGUGAAAAGCAUUGGCCCCCUUCCUGAUUUUUCUCUUUUUGCUGAUCCAUAAUAAACAAAUUUAGUAUAAUGUAAAAUAAGACAACUUGGGUAAACACAGUGCACAGCUUUUUAAAUGAUCAUUUGAGUAACUGAAGGAAAAAAAAGCUCACCAACACCAAUCUCACCCAUGUGAAAAAGUAAUUGCCCCCCCAUGCUUACACUUUGGCUUGGCUGUGGAGAGACUUCCAAAAUUGUUUUAAUUCAGCCACACUGGAGGAUCUUUGACUAUGAACUGUUCAUUUAAGGCAGUGGUCGGGGAACCAGGGGUAAAUUACCCCAAUUGGGGUAAAAGUGAUAUUUUUGGGGGUAAUAAGGACUCAGUAAAGACAUAGGUACAUAAAUAAAUAAAAAGCUUGUUUCUUGUUGCAACUUA